GUUAAAGGUUGCUGGGUUUAGGCUCAAGCAAUGAGCUAAACAAGUUAAUAAAUGUACCAGAGUCAGUCGGCCCACAAGACUAUUCUCAUUCGGGAUCCAUGAUCAGGAAAUUAGUAGCCUCCUCCCUCUAUAUGUAAUUUGGCGGGAUGCGUCUUUUGGAAGGGGGACCGUCGGAUGUAAAAAACCCCCUCCCCAAGGAAAAAAAAAAAAAACAAGAAAGUAAGAGCUCACUCUCCCUCCUCUCCAUCUUGUUAAGCUUCCACCCUUAGAUAGAUCAUUACACAUGCACUUUGCACACUACAAAUCCCAUUCUCAGAAAGAUCCUUUUUUUCUUUUUUAAUUUUCUCGCAUCUCUGUAUUCCCACUUACCCAGAAAGAAAGGCUUCAAGAAAACAGAGCAUUAGCAAGAAAGCAAGAUAACUCCACUCUUCAUGGCCGCCAACUGCCCAUAUCUCCCCCUUCUCCUUGCCAUAUUCACCAUUAUCAACUCAGCCUCUGCACUACUCCCCACCACAACCACCCCUUCUCCACCUCCACCACCUUUUGUUCCAUCGCUGCCACCUCCCUCGCCAUUGCCAACACCACCUUCUCCUCCUCCUCCUCCAUCUCUGUCGCCAUCUCCCCCUCCAUUGCCAACACCGUUACCACCACCUCCAUCUCUAUCAACACCUCCCCCUACAUCAGUCACGCCACUCGCACCACCUCCCCAUCAUUUUCCAUCCCCACCUCCUCCUCCUUCCCGUCGAGCACCAGCACGACGAUCACCGCGACCUCAACAACUGAACAACAUAAUCGACGCACUGAUGGGCGCCGGUGACUUCAUGAAUUUGGAGAACAUUAUCUCGGCGAUCAAUCCAUUGAGUCUCCCACUGAGCGCCACCAUCUUCAUCCCACAAGAAGAUCCCCUCAACGUCACGCCCCUUUACAUGGACCCCUUCACUUUUCCCUACCACAUUGUUCCUCAGCGUCUCUCUUUCUCUGACCUCCAACUCCUCAAAACCAACACUCGCCUCCCAACCCUCCUACCGCUCAAGUCUAUCCUCAUCACCAACAGUUCUGCCUCCAACUUCACCCUCGACGACUCUCGUAUCACCCAACCAGACGUCUACAGCAACAACGCCGUCGCAGUGCACGGCAUUUCCGCCGUUCUUGACUACGCUACUUACGGUGAUGGGUUGCACAAAUCGUCCAAACCUUCAGCACCGCAGCCGGAGGCUAUUACUCCCGCACCGCGCUUUGCACCAGGCGGACCAGUCACUGACUCAAUGUCAGAUGCUGCGUGCCUUUGCAGCGAGUCUCCGAUUGUUUUCUUUAUUUUUUCUGCGGUUCUGGCUUUCAAGAUUCACGGGAACCCUCUUGCUCGUUGA